AUUUUUAUUAGCUUAAUAAAUCUUGUAAAAAAUAAGUAUAAAGCAAUACCUAUAUAGGUUGUGAUAAGUACGAUCAAUCACAAGUACAGCGGAAAUAUGUCACAUAAAAGAAGAUCACUUAGUGUGGAAAAAAAUGUAUCAAACGAUUCCUUUUCAAUACAACGGAAAAUUUGGCAUGCAGUAGUUGAUGCCGUUGUUGGCCGGCUGCGGUCGCGGUUUUCCGCUGGAUACACCGAUGGCGAUGUCCGAAGUGUGCCCGAGACGGGUGUUUUCAAAUGCACACGACACUAUCAAACAGUGGUUGAGGAACAGCUGAAGCUGUACUUUAAUCAGAUUCUUAAUAUUUUUCGUGUGAUUGGCGGGUGGUUCGUGCUAAAAGAACGCAAACGAAAGUUAAACCAGAUGCAUGUUGAAGCCAUUCAGUUUCCAGAGUUAAACCAACCAUCUACUGGUGAACCAGCCAGGAAAUACUGCAAAAUCCGCGAUCAAGAUACUCGUACCGUAGUUGAUGUAAGAAAGACUGAUCAUGAUAGCAACGAAGCGAAUGAAGUAAACACGACAGUAGCGUACUGUCUUCAAGAAGAUCCUAAUGCAGAAGACCAACAGUUGUCUGGAAUACCUAAAAAGAAAAGAUGUUGGGACAAGCCGUGCGUGCCGCAAUGUGUGGAAAAAUUUGAAGACCAGAGCACGAAACUCAAUGAGUUAAGUCAAAAAAAAGUUGAAAAUUGGUUAGCCGAUAAUUUCCCAGGCGUGGAACAAACUAAUCCUCAAGCUCCGAAAAUGGCCAUGUGUGAGCUAAACAGAAAUUGCGAUGAAAUAAAACUUCAACUUGAGCAAAAUAUGGCUGUUUCAAACAACGACGACGAAGAUUCACUGCUCUCGGUAGACACUGCGAAAUAUAUACUUUCGAAUCGAAAUAAGAGUAAUAACAUCAAUAAAGUUCGUGCAACUACUACUAUUCAGCAGUUUGCGCUUGCCUCCAACCGUACAACGAACGCCAAACUUUCGCUGAUAAAUUUAAACCGGAAUGUUACCAAAACACCUCCACUAGCAAUGUACAAAGAAAGCAGGGGAGAGAAGUCAAGCGCAAUGUACAAGCAGCAUGUUUCAACAUCAAGAUAUUCAACACCGGAAAAAGAUAGGACGAGGAAAAGGAGAAAAGUUUUCAAAAAAACAGUGAAAAAAAGAAUUCUAUUUCGUAGAAAUAGUUGGUCUUCUAAGGCUUCGAAUGUUUCGCAGGAAUACGAAAAAUCUCUGCAAAAAAAAUACCACGUGACAAAAAUCUCGCCGAUGAAAUCAGCAGGAAAGCAAAUGCAAUGGAUUGAAAGCAACCUGCCAAAAAGUACUGGGACGAGCAGUAGUGAAGAUGAAACACUAGUCCGGAAGCAACCCAGAAGAACUCGCCGACGACGCUCGGUGACGCAAAAAGCGCUGAAAGGUGAUGCAAGCCCUUGUCGGAAAAGUGGCUCAUCGGAGUGGUUUGAAGAGUCGUUAGAAUCAAUCGCAUCGAGUCACGAGGAUACAAUGCCACACUCUUCUAAAAUCAACAACUCUAACUUGAACACUACUAGAAAUAGUAGCAUAUGCAGGUCAAAUAGUAUUUACGAUCCAGCCCGCAGUAUAUUGGUCUAUGUACCACGGCAAAUCGAGCCAUCAUUGCCAUCCAGUGAUCGAAUUCGUGUCACCGUGAAAGAUUUAGAUCUUAGCCAGGUUACUAAGCCGCAUCACCUGCAGGAAUUUCAAAAAUUUAACUACCUAAUACAUCCGAACUCGACUGUACGGUUCUAUCCGUCUGAUUCGGACGAUGACUUUCCGAAACCUGCACUAAGUGCAAAACUUCUACAAAUGAUUGCGGAAGACUCGGAAAGCUUCGAUGAAGAUGAUCCCAUAUUGGUCUACAAUCCCCGUACUUUAAAUCGUCUCAACUUGAGGGAAAUUCCCUACAACAAUGAUUGUUGACACUGCAA